CGUUUUCUUAUUUCGUCUUUCGCAGUGUGGAGUGAGUUCCAGGUCAUUUUCAGGUCAGAUUCCUCAUUCAGGUCUAAGAGGCUUAGGUGGUGAAUACCUUCAAUCGUGGCCAGCUUGGCAGCCUGAUCCAGCAUCAUGGACCCAACCUUCCCCAUUGCCUAUUGGCAGGUUGCUCUUACGCUUGUCGCCGCACUUUUGAGCUAUAUAAUUGUCAAAGGGUUGCACUCGAGGCAGCUAUUCUACAAGCUGCGAAGGCAGGGCCUGCCCAUGCCAUCUUGGAACAUUGUCACUGGCAAUUUGCUCGCGUUCUUGCCCCUCUUGAAGCAUUUUCCAAGCAAUGCCCAUCAAAAUUACCUGAUCACCGAGUUGUCGAAAAAAUUCAAAAAGUGGGAUUCGUGUUUCUACCUGGACCUUUGGCCAUUCAGUAUCCCAUUCUUGGUAAUUUCUUCCCCCUCAUUAGCCAUUCAAGCAACCCAAGAACUCGAUCUUCCAAAACCGUUUGAUCUGGACAGAUUCUUCCGCCCGUUCGCUGGUGGGACUGACACUCUGUUCACACUCAAUGGUACAGAGUGGAAACGAUCACACGCGAUAUUUAAUCCUGGAUUUAGUGCAAGCUUCAUCUUAAGUCAAACGCAUAACAUCGUCAGAGAAACCGCAGACUUGGUUGAGAUUUUCAAAGAUCACGCUACCAAGGGAGACAUCUUCCUACUGGACGAUCUGCUUGGCUACUUCAUGAUGGAUAUCAUAGGCGCUGUUAUCCUAGGCUCCAGGCUGCAUUCUAAAAAACAAUUCAAUCAGUUGGGCCAUGCGAUGAGGAGCCAGGUUCGAUGGCAAAUCGCGGAUGGUGAACUGAAUCUCUUCAAAAGAUGGAAUCCAGCUCGGCCUCUAGUUCAAUGGUACAACAGUCGCCAGAUGGACAGUUAUGUAUCAAAGGAACUGGAAAAAAGAUUUGCAGAACGCCAGAAGAGCAGCGAUUCCCCUCCUCGUUCAGUCAUGGAUCUCGUUCUCGACAAUUACAUGAAAGAAAAUCCCUCAGCGAAAACAUCAAGUCGGAUGGAUCCAUCCUUCGAGAAAUGGGCAUCGGUUCACAUUCGCACCUUUCUCUUUUCAGGCCAUGAUUCAACCGCAUCCACAAUAGAAUACUGCUAUCAUCUCCUCUCAAAGCACCCAGAGGCUAUGACCCGAAUCCAAGCUGAACUUGACGAAGUCUUCGGGGCCGACCCAUCAACAGUUGGACCUCAAUUACUCGACCAGCCUCAGAAGAUCAACAUGUUGCCCUACACCACCGCAGUUAUCAAGGAAACGAUGCGUCUGUUCCCAGCUGCUUCUGGCGUCCGAAAAGGUCUUCCCGGCUCGAUUCUCCAAGAUUCAAACGGCAAUCGCUUCCCUACGGAAGGAGUAACUAUUCUAAUAAUGCACAGCGCCAUCCACAUCAACCCAGACUACUGGAAAGAGCCUAAGUCUUUCAUCCCUGAGCGGUGGCUAGUCGGCCCAGAGCAUCCAUUCUACCCGGCCAAAGGAGCUUGGAGACCAUUCGAGUUCGGAGCUCGCAACUGCAUUGGCCAAACGUUGGUGAUGCAAGAUGCGAAGACAGUGUUGGCGAUGACUGUGAGGGAGUUUGAUGUUUGUGGAGCUUAUGAUGAGUGGGAUGAGUUGCACCCGAGGAAGGGGUUGAAGACUGCUUGGGGUGAGAGAGCGUAUCAUGUUUUCAGAGCUGCUGCUCAUCCGGCUGAUGGAUUUCCGUGUCGUGUAACAAAACGAAAGUAGAUCACGAAGGUCUUGUAUGUUGUUAUGCGAGUGUAAGCCAAGAAGUCACCCUCGUCUUCACUGUUCAACAUCAACCUCCUGGUACAACCAUCGCCACAACCAAAAGUGACGCAUUGAGGGCUUGAAACCAAUGCAGUAGGUGAAAUAGCAUGUCAGUUGCGCUCUGUUCCGCUAUUGGAGACUGCGGUGACGCUGUGCUCUAAGUCUCACUUCAUGGGGAUUUCUGCUCAUGCUUCUACCUCCCUCAAUGUACCCCUCAAGUCCGACGGAAG